UCUUUCUUUCUUUCUUUCUUUUCCUCUCCGAGCCGGAGUGUUUUUUGUGUUUGUUCUAGCUUUCACUGCUGCACAGGUGCUGUAGAGUAAUAAACAUGGCGACAUCAGCCAGCUCACAGCUCAGCAAGGUGGUGAAGCAACAAUACAUGGAGCUUCCACAGGGGGACAGGGUGCAGGUCAUGUACAUCUGGAUCGAUGGCACCGGGGAGGCCCUGUGCUGCAAGACCAGGACCCUCGACUUUGAGCCGAAGAGCAUCAACGAUCUUCCUGAGUGGAACUUUGAUGGGUCCAGCACCUACCAGUCAGAGGGCUCCAACAAUUAUAGGUUUCUCAUUCCCUCGGCCAUGUUCAGAGAUCCAUUCCGCAAAGACCCCAACAAGCUGGUCCUUUGUGAAGUUCUGAAGUAUAACCGCAAACCUGCCGAAACCAACCAUCGUUUGACGUGUAUGAAGAUCAUGCAGAUGGUGGAGCAGCAGAGCCCAUGGUUUGGCAUGGAACAGGAGUACACCAUCCUGAGAACAGACGGUCACCCAUUUGGCUGGCCUUCCAAUGGCUUUCCUGGUCCUCAGGGACCUUACUACUGUGGUGUCGGAGCAGACAAGGCGUACGGCAGGGAUAUUGUCGAAGCCCACUACAGAGCAUGUCUAUAUGCUGGUGUGAAUAUCUGCGGCACAAAUGCUGAAGUCAUGCCUGCUCAGUGGGAGUUCCAGGUGGGGCCGUGCGAGGGCAUUGAGAUGGGAGAUCACUUGUGGGUGGCUCGUUUCAUCCUGCACAGAGUGUGUGAAGACUUCGGUGUCGUUGUCUCUUUCGACCCCAAACCCAUCCCUGGGAACUGGAAUGGUGCAGGAUGUCACACUAACUUCAGCACUAAGGAGAUGCGGGAAGAAGGCGGGCUCAAAUGCAUUGAGGAAUGUAUUGAGAAACUGGCGAAGCGACACAACUACCACAUCCGUGCCUAUGACCCUAAAGGAGGCCUGGACAAUGCUCGCCGUUUGACAGGUUGUCACGAGACCUCCAACAUCCAUGAGUUCUCUGCUGGCGUUGCCAAUCGUGGUGCCAGUAUCUGCAUCCCUCGCACUGUGGGCCAGGAGAAGAAGGGAUACUUCGAAGACCGUCGCCCGAGUGCUAACUGCGACCCGUAUGCCGUCACUGAAGCCCUCAUACGCACGUGUCUGCUUGGUGAAGAUGGCAACGAACCUGUGGACUACUAGAUCUUUUGAAAUCUUAUUACUUUUUUUUUCUUUGUCACUUUCCAAAACUGAGUGGUGUUCUGCUCACCUGUUCAAAUGGCCAUGAGGCCAAGUUUAGUACUGUUUGUCUUGUUAGAAUGUGUCUAACCAUGCAUCAUAGUGGUUUUUAAAUGAAGUUGGCUGGUCAACUUGACACUUUAGGAUUUAAAUGUGAGGUUAACCAGGGACGUGAUGAUGCGGUGCAUAUCUCACCCUUCUGUGUCUUUCUGGGUUU